AUGUCUCCAGUACCCUUCGACGACUCUUCCCGCCAUAUUCCCCUUCUCUCUUCCACACUCCCUCUGCACCACCGAAGCAACAGCCAGAACAACCACCACCACCAACACCACAACGACGACGACCCAGACUACUACGACGACGACGGCGACGACGGCGACGACGACGACGACGGUGUCGAACUCAAAACAAUCCACAUCACUGACCACCAACAGCCUCGAUACAGCACUGACUACGACGACAACGACAACUCAGACGCCGAAGGCCACGACCCGACGACUAUGCCCCGAAGUCGCAAAGUCCCCACUACAACCAACAGCAGUGAGGCCAAAAUGAACACCUCCUCCUCCGUCGAGUACCGCCGCAAGAACGGCGCCUCCCUCGACAACGGCGACGACGGCACCCCCUCAAGCGCACACCAGACCGAGGCCCUUCUCGAGCGCAGCUCCUUCAGCCUCGACGACGACCACGAUGUCAAGCCCGCCGCCGCCUCCUUCCUCACGCUCUCGCUCGCCGACCAGCGCAACUUUGCCCUCCUCGUCCUGCUCUACUUCCUGCAGGGCGUGCCCAUGGGGCUCGCAAUGGGCUCCGUCCCCUUCCUGCUCAAGCACAAGCUCAGCUACGGCGAGAUUGGCGUCUUCACGCUCGCCUCGUACCCCUACAGCAUGAAGCUGCUCUGGUCGCCCAUCGUCGACGCAAUCUGGUCGCGCCGCAUGGGCCGCCGGAAGAGCUGGAUCGUGCCCAUACAGACCGUCAGCGCGUGCAUGCUCAUCUGGCUCGGCGGCAAUGUCGACCGCCUCAUGGAGGAGGCGAGCAGCAAGCUGUACAUGUUUACCUUCGUCUUCUUUACGCUCGUCAUGCUGUGCGCGACGCAGGACAUUGCCGUGGACGGGUGGGCGCUCACGCUGCUGAGUCCCGAGAACCUCUCGUAUGCGUCGACGGCGCAGACGGUGGGGCUCACGGCGGGGCAGUUUCUAUCGUUUACCGUGUUUUUGGCGUUUAAUGCCCCGGAAUUCUCGAAUAGAUACUUUAGGACCGUGCCGCAGACGUAUGGCCUCAUGACGCUGAGCGGAUAUCUCAAGUUCUGGGGAUGGGCGUAUCUGAUCAUUACCCUCGGCCUCGCGCUGAUCAAGAAGGAGGAGAAGAACUCCAACCGCGACGGCAUCGCCGCAGUCUACAAGACAAUGUGGAAAGUCGUCAAACUAAAACACAUCCAAACCCUCAUAAUAGUCAACCUCAUCGGCAAAAUCGGCUUCCAAGCCAACGACGCCGUCACCAACCUCAAGCUCCUCGACAAGGGCUUCUCACAAGAAGACAUGGCGCUCACCGUGCUCAUCACCCGCGCAACUGUGGGCGUGCGGCUACCAACUAGGCAGAGAGGGGUGGGGGAUGCGAUGGCAGCGCGCGUGCUCCCCCAGAAUCCCCACGAUGGGCUUCAUGGCCCCUCCGUCGCCGCCGCACGCCCACUCACCGGUCGUGCUCUCAUAAGUAGCCGAGCCAUACUGCCAGGUUUCCAGCAGUUCCCAUUGGAAACACGUAGGAACUCAUGA